AAGAGGAAACGGUACAGAUGCAGACAUGCUCGGAGCUGGGCCUGGAGGUUUCAUUGUUUUCUUCACCUACAAAGCUCUAUUUCUACUUGUAACCUGCACUCAUGAUCUUGAUGCUGUUUGUCAGUCACUGCAGUUUGGAAGAGAGGGAGGAAACACUGUGCUGUCUCCAGGAUCAGUCACCGAAAACCUCACUUCAGCGGAGUGGAGAUAUAAUAUAGAUGUAAAAAUUGCAGAUAAACGUUUUGAUGUUCCUGGACAUCAGUUUUCUGGCAGAGUGACACUGAACAAAACAAAUUACAAUUUAGAAGUGAAGGAGCUGAAGACCACGGACUCUGGGAAUUUUGUUUUUGUGUCAGCGACAAAUACAGGACAAAGACCCACAGAGUGCAUCAGACUAGUGGUACAAGAAGUUUUGACACAACAUCCCACUGUGACUGUGAAUAACAUCACCAUGAACUCAAACGGCUCCUGUGUGGUUCAGAUGGAGUGCAGCUCAAAGUUUGACAAAGACGUGAUGUACAGGUGGAAAGUGAACAACGUGGAGUACAAUGGGCCCCUGCUGCAGUACCCGCUCACACAAGAAGGACUCAUUACUUUUACAUGUAUUGUUUUCAAUAUGAUCAGUGAAGUAUCAGAGAACAGGACAAUCAACUGUCAAUCCUCUGGUCUAAAGUCAGUGGUGCUCCUGGUCACAGUAGGAUGCAUUGGCUGUAUUAUAAUUGUCACCAUCAUUGGUUUAGUGGUAUACUGUCGACACAGAAAAACAAAAACUAAAUUGAACAAUGAACUCUCAGUGUACGCAGAGAUCGAUGAUGUUUCAAGUGGUAAAAUUAUAAAGCCCAAGACCUGUUCACCUUCUGACUCUUUGUACGGAAAACUCAACACUGAACAAUGUGAAGCGGUGUACGACCAGAUUCAGUUACAUCAAACACAGCAGUGAACCUUGGAUCAAGACGAUUAUAAUAGAGCUGUUAAGUGAUGAUGUCACUUCCGAGUCCAGAAGCUUCACAGCUGAUUUCUAUCUUUGUUUAUGUUCCUCUUUUAUCAAACAAGAGAAAAAGUGUAUCUUUAACUCCUCACAGUAUCAAAUUUGUAAAUAAUGUAGUAAUAAUCUAUCAUGACAUGGGAUUACCAGUUUGCAUAUCUCACUGCCAGUCACCACUAACGCUAGCUUAGCCUAGCCUAGCUUCUUACCUCAACCUCAUUCACUUUCGGUCACAGUAAUAACCAUAGAUCCAUGCUGAUAACCUUUUAACCUCUUUUUAACGUGAGACGUAUAAAUUAUAAGGAAGGCCAUGGGAGUAGAAGAAAUUUCAAAUGAAGUGUUAAAGUACCCACAUCUUUUGAAUGUUCUUUUCUGUUUAUUUAAGCUUUGUUUUGAAUAUGGUACUGUCCCCUCAACAUGGCACAAAUCUAUAAUCAUACCCUUUCCUAAGUUGGCAAAAGAUGACCCCAGAGCGCCUCUUAAUUAUAGGGGAAUCAGCCUUUUACAAAAUGGAUUUAGGAAACACAGAGCUUGUAUUGAUCAUAUUUACAGGCUGGGGUUGAUGGUACAUUUUAUCGAGCAUUAAAGUCCCUGUGUGCAGACUGUAUUGGAUGUGUUCAAGUGAAUGAUCUACAGACUGAGUGGUUCCCCAUACCCACUGGUGUAAAACAAUUGGAAGUUUUAUCCCCAAGCCUGUUCUCACUUUUUAUAAAUGACUUGGCUCUUGAAAUCAAACAGUUGGACAUUGGCGUACACAUGGACAGUGUUGUUGUGGGCAUUUUGCUCUAUGCUGAUGAUGUUGCACUCCUCGCUGAAACAGAAGAGGACCUACAGUCGAUGUUAAACAUAUUACAACAGUGGUGCUGUAAGUGGAGACUUGUCAUAAAUCAAGCCAAAACCCAAAUAAUGCACUUCAGAAAAAAGGCAGCUCCACAAAGUAAAAAGGUCUCUACAUUUGGAAAUGUAAAUCUUGAAUAUGUCCCUCAGUACAAAAUCUGGGGUUCACAUUUGAUGAAUUAAUGAGUUUUGACAGCGGGGUAAAAAUCCAUGCUGCUUCAGCCGGCCGAGCUCUGGGUUCUGUGAUUAACAAAGUGAAAAUGUGUAAAGAUUUCAGUUAUGAAACAUUUUCAAAGCUGUAUGAGGCCUGUGUAUCUCCUGUUCUAAACUCUGCUGCUGGUGUGUGGGGGGCUAGACAAAGUUCAACCUUGGAUUCUGUGAAAAACAGAACCAUCCGCUGUUUCCUGGGAGUGCACAAGUUUGUCCCAGUUUUGGCGGCUCAGGGUGAUAUGGGCUGGGCUGGGCCUCUGGUUUAAUUCAAAGAAAGUGUGAUAUGGUCAGAUUGUGGAAUUGAAUUAUUAAUCAGCCUGAUGAUAGAGUUUGUAAAAAGGUCUUUGAGUGGAGUAAGCCUAAGUCACCCUGGGCGGCAGAGCAACGGGCUGUUUUUGCUGAAGCACAACUUCAGUAUGUACAGUAUUUCAUAAUAAUUUGCCAUGCAGCGUUAACAGAAUAAGAGCAAAACCGGUGUCCAAUUAUGAAGAGCAGUGGCUGAAUGGGAUCUUGACUAAACCCAAGUUGCGAACAUAUAUUCAAUUAAAAGAUACGUUUAAGACUGAAUUUAAUGUCAGAGUAAAUUUGAGUAGCAAUCAAAGAUCAUUGAUGGCACAGCUGUGACAGGGAUCCUUCCCCUGGCUUUAGAAACUGGGAGGUUUUCUUAAACCCCUGAAGAAGAAAGACUUUGUGGUUUAUGUGAGUUGGGAGAAGUGGAAAGUGAAGCUCAUUUUUUGUUGUAUUGUCCAUUUUAUGACAAAUUUAUAAAUACUUUAUUUGAUGAAAUGUUCGCUCAAUGCCCUGGUAUGUUCUGGUGUAAUGACGACAGCAAAAUGAAAUGGUUGUUUAAUUCUAAUGUUUAUAAGUUGGCAUCAUUUCUCUGUAAAGCCUGGAAGAAGCAGCAGAGGAGUUUGUUUAAAUGAGUCUAUUGUUUUUUGUUUUUUUUUCUAACACAUGUCUGGACUGUUGUAUUUUGUUAAUGUUGUCUUAUAAGCCUAUUAAAGAGCUCAGCAUUCUUUGUAUGCAAGACACAGUAAUAAAAUAAAUGAAUC